AUGGACAACUUCACUAUUUGGGUCGACUCCGCUCCGUCGGAAACUAUCACCGAGGCACCGGUGGAUGAUGAGUCGAACAGUAUUCUUCGGAAGGAGAUUCAACAAACUCAACAAUAUGUUAUCGGAAAGCUGAAUGAGCAGGAGACGAAUGAAAAAGAAAAAGGAGAUCAUUCCAAAGAGAAAACAAUGAAGGUUUUCAAAAUGAUCACCACCCAAGAGAAAAAGUUAGUAAACGUUUCUCUGCAUCUUGAAAGUCUUGAAAAAGUGUGCAAAUCGAUCGAAUUGCAGUUAAUAGCCAUGAAGGAGAGCUUCCCGGAAUCCAUCAGUCUGACUGAAGAAUUCUACGAGAAAGAUCUACUACACGUGGAAAAUCAGAUCGUGUUACUACAGGAAAUCUGCGAUAGUCGUGUGAAAACUCUCAAUCAACUAGAACUGAAUGGGUUCAAUCACAGUAAGGAGGAUGCCAAGCUGGAAUGCAAGAAGCUACGAGAAUCAAUUCUAGCUGCGAAGCAGAAACAUGAGAAAUUGGUAACACUGAACGUAUCGAAAAUCAAACUGCAAGCCGAAAAGGAUGAAUUGAUUUCUCUCAACAACCAAGAAGCUGAAGCUAUAGAAGCCGCAAAGCUUGUACUCAAGUCUGACCAAGAAUUAGCUGAGAAAAUGACAGAGGAAUGUGUCAGUCUCCGCUCACAACUCGUCCAAAUGGAGGCAGCUCAGUCGAACAACCAAGAUGGAGCAGACAAACUCGAAAUUGAUCGUCUUCAGAAGAAAAUCGAGCAGAUUCGUCAGGAAACUGAUGGUAUCACUUCUAAAUUAUCAGAAGUGAGGAAGGAAACAGAAGAAGCUCAGAAGAAGUUGAACGAGCAGAAGCAAACGGAAGCUGACAAUCAAGCGUUGAUGGGAAAACUGAAAGCUGAUAUUGUGGCUCUUCUUCAGAAAAAGAUUGAAGAAGAGAAGGAUAAAAAGAAACGGAAGCCUGAACUGCAGAAAAUGAUCGAGUUGAAGAAGGCCAUUAGCAUUGAGAAUCUAGCUUUGGAACAAGCAAGAAAGGAGCUUGAAGAAAUCCAAGUUGGCGGUAAAACCGUCAGCGAACUCAAAAGCGAGAUUACAAAAAUGCAGUCGGAAAUCCGCAGUUAUGAGAGAGAAAUCAAAAAGGCAACGAAAGAAAAUGAGAAAUUGAUCGAACAGAUUGCCGAGAUUAGGAUCCCUUCUCCUGACACAACAUUACAAUUUCUGAACGACACAGCCGAGAUCGACGAAUCUGAGUAUUCCCAACAAGUUGUUACACCGAAACUUGAGAUCAACGUCACUCCGAUUCAGAGAGCGAUUUCUCGUGACGUCUUCACUGGUGCACCACUGAUGACCAGCACCCCACUUCAUAAACCUGAACCAACCGGAAAAACACGUGCUGCUGCUCGUCGUCUAGAACAGAAUGCGAAGGCGAAGACUGCCGAGUUGCGUAAAAAACGAGGAGGAAAGAAAUAG